ACCUCCUCAUCUUUAUGAUCUCACAAAAAAACAUUUGGCCAUCACCAUAUGCAAUUAUAUGCAACAUGGCGUCCAUCAAAGUAAACCUCAAUUCUCCGGUGCCAUAUGUGAAACCAAAUGAGACUUAUCGGGGAAGUCAUCCGCCGCGGCAACGGCUUCAGGUCCAACUCCGAAUCGCGUCGGAGCCGGGACAAUCGAGGCUAAUUAAAGCUCUGUCGAACGAGUUCAUAAAUUACAUGGCGGAUGAGAAGAAUUCAGAGCCUUUCAGUGUUGCUUGGAUUUCGAGUAACUCCGCUGCCUCGUUCGAUCACUUGGCUUCGAGGAGCACCGAAGUCGCAAUUACGCAUCACGUGGCUGCGGAGGGUAUAGCUAUCAAACAAGGCGUCGUGGAGAAAUCAGUACCUGCUUGGAGGGACCAUUGGUUGCUUGUUGGACCAAAGUCUGACCCGGCGGAUCUAUCUUCCAAUAAGUCAGCAUCAGUGCAAGACCAGUUCGCUCAAAUAUUCCUCGCCGCUGCUGAGACAGCAGGGUCUGCUAAGCCUGUGAGGUUCUUGUCACGAUUCGACAAGUCAGCAGCCAAUGUCAGAGAGUCCAGCCUCUGGGCCGCCAUAGGCCAGGUUCCUUGGGCUCAUCCACAUGCGAGUUGGUAUCACCAGUACCAAGAUUCUCCGCUUGGAGCUCUGGAAGCUGCGAGCACGCUGAGUCAAUAUACGCUAACGGAGCGUGGAACGUGGUUUGCGUUGAAUGACGCGGCUAGAGACAAGUUGGAAAUAUUUAGCGGAGGUGUUGGCACCGAGGAUGAGCUCUUGUUGAACCCAGCACAUGCGCUCGUUGGACGCCAUGCCCAGAAUAAAGAGAUGGCAAAUGAGUUUAUUGCGUGGCUUAUUAGCUACAGUGGUGGCCAGAGAGUUAUUCGUGAGGCCGAAGCCGGGAUAGAAAGGGGUCAACCAAAAUCUCCCAUGGCACGUUUUGCUGCGCCAAUCACUCCACCUGCUACACCGCCACAGCUUAAAUGGAAGUAUUUUUGAUAGCUAUUUGUUGAUAAAGAG